UACAAUAACUAUCUGGCAACAAUGAUGCAUGCCUUUUCGCCUGUAGAGUACCACUUUUUUGUUAAUCUUAAUACGUUAUUUGACGGGUUCAUUUUAAAAAUAAAUUUAAAAAAACAGUAGCACGUUGACGUCCAAUGAAUGAGUCACCAAGUAAGCUAGCAACUAGCAUGUAGCCUCGCCGGCUAAAGUCGCCGGCUCGUCUCCGCGGGGCUUUUUUGGCUCCAACGGCGAUUUCAAACAACAAAAAAAGGACACUGCUUGGGCUGGUGGCGUGUGUGUAGGAGGGGGCGGGGGGGAAUUAACGUUAACGCGACCGCCCCCUUGGCCAACGCCAACGGAUCCUUGCAACGGUUGCGUGUGGCUGGGCUCCUUCGCCACAGUCAUGUGAUUGUAACGUAAAACCCCCUAACCGGAAAACAACCGACGACCCUCUCCGCCGCUGAACGAGCAGCUUACAAAGCUGCUGGGAGCCCGGAGAGGACGGACGUGUCCCCACCCGGUGACAAACAACCACAGAAACAUUCGGCGGCGGCGUCACGGCGGCGACAAUUUAAACGGACCAGCGACGGCUAAGGUUGAAGAAUGGAGUUGGCCAACCACGGUCUUAUCCUGCUGCAGCAGCUCAACGCUCAGAGAGAGUUUGGCUUCCUGUGUGACUGCACUGUGGCCAUCGGAGAUGUGUUCUUUAAAGCCCACAAGGCCGUGCUGGCUGCAUUCUCCAACUACUUUAGAAUGCUCUUCAUACACCAGGACAGUGACUGUGUUCGCCUGAAGGCGACAGACAUCCAGCCUGACAUCUUCAGUUACCUGCUGAACCUGAUGUAUACUGGCAAGCUGGCCCCCCAGCUCAUAGACCCCACACGUCUGGAGCAGGGUGUGCGUUUCCUGCACGCCUACCCUCUGUUGCAAGAGGCCAGCCAGUCUGUGUACACGCACCCUGAGCAGAGCAUCAACCUCUCCACCUCCCUCUACGGCAUCCAGAUCGCCGACCAGCAGGCGGCGCUGUCGGCCCGCUUGCCACUGUCCUCUCCUGUCGACAUGGAGACACUUGGAUCGGAGGCUCAGUACCCGACACUCGCGAUGACAUCCAAGCCGGCCGCUUCCCCCCCAGAAGCGGAGGCAUCCACAAGCGGGGUCCAACCUGCCGCAGAAGAGGCAGCAUCUGAGUCUCCUGGCGUGGAUGGCGGCGCAUCUGCCAACGCCAUCUUGCAUGUGAAGCCCAGCAUCAUGAAGAGGAGCUCGUCCUUCCGUAAGCACUACUCUUGCCACCUAUGCAGGAGUCGCUUCAACCAGAGGAGCCUGCUGAGGGAGCACCUCCUGCAACACGCCCAGGCAGUGGAGACCCAAAAUGUUCCGUCACCCGUAAUGGUCGCCGAACAGAGCGUGCCUGAGGUGGAGGGACUUCUGAAGGGAAGUAGAGUCGCCGCGGUGGAGAUCAUUAGCGAUGGCGAGCAGACUCUGGCUUCGGGUAACAAUUCGGACUCUCCGCGUGCCGAGGUGUCCACAUCCAGCUGGGGUGCGGGCGGCCCGAACUCCCAGGCGGACACGCCGCCCCCCUCGGACAUCGCCGACAUCGACAACUUGGAGAAUGGCGACCUAGACCGCGAGCUGAAACGGCGGAAAUACGAGUGCUGCACGUGCGGCCGUAAGUUCAUCCAGAAGAGCCACUGGCGUGAGCACAUGUAUAUUCACACGGGCAAGCCUUUCAAGUGCAGCGCCUGCGGCAAGAGCUUCUGCCGUGCCAACCAGGCCGCCCGCCACGUGUGCCUCAACCAGGGCGCCGACGCCUACACGCUGGUGGACCGCCAGAGCAUGGAGCUGUGUGCAGCCGGCGACGACAGCAGCCAAAUGGAGGCCAUGUUCCUGGCCACGUCCAAGCCCUACAAGUGUAACAUUUGCGCCACCACUUUCUCUAGCCCCAACGAGGUCAUCAAGCACCUGUGCUUCACGCAAGGGGGCCUCGCAGGGCUGCAGGGCGGCGCCGCUCUGAUGCUUCCACACGAUGAGCUCUCCAAAGACGACGGAUCGGAUCUGUCCAACUCGGGCACGCCACUUGAGGCCAUCAAGGCUGAGGACAUCCUGGUGGAAUAGUUGCCAAAACUUCCAAUUCUUCCUCUUUUUGUUCCCUAACUUAUAACUCAAGACUAAGCUAACAAAAGUCAGUCAGGGUUUUGUUUUUGAGUGGGAGAUCCAAUCUUGUUUUGUUCCAUUCACAUCAACUUCAGUGGAACAAAGGGGAAAUAACCUGCCAUCUUGUCUUAUCUGUAUGGAAAGCCAUUUGAGCAUUUUUUUCCCUCCAACAUUCAAUUUAGUACACAAGUAAAUGACUAGCAGACAGAUUUAUUACUAGAGCACACAAUAUUUACUACAUUAUGACAUUUCUGCACAAAAGUAGAACAAUUACAUGUUACUAGUAAGGCAAAACUGCAGUAUAUGACAUUUGUGUGCUAUUAGUCAUACUACUAGUAAGGGCGAGAUUAGGGUUCCCAACAUAGUUGCUCAUGGUCCCUUUCUAGAGAUUUCUCACCUGUGAUAAGACAUCAUCAUUUAUAGGAAUGUAUGAAAAAUGUAAUCACACUUACACACAUUUAUGUUGAAUAUUAGUGAUUGUCAGUUUCUCUUAUUGUUGAAUAUUAUGGAGCAGUAUUUGAGCAAAUUUACUGUAUAGCAGUACCAAAAAAGUAGCUUUAAAAGGUUGGUGACCCUUUCUCAACUAGAUGUUAACUAGUUUAUUUGUCAUUGUUAUUGCACACUGGUGUCAACGAGUGGACCCCACCAGCCACACUAAUGUAAUGUAAUUGCCUUCUAAUGAGUUGUAGCCGUUGUACUUGUGUGCAGAAAUGUCAAACGGUGGAAGGCAGUAGUGAACAAAAAGGUUAUUACUAACACAUUUCACUAGUACACAAAUCGCCUUACUAGUGUAAACUGAGUGCUCUAGUACUUGAACAAUUCAGUAUACUACUAGGAUAUUGAUAAAGGCUCAAACGACACGUCCCAUCUCACUGGAGCUGCGGUGAGGACAGGUGCUUUCAAACAGGAAGCGAGGGGCUCGACUGGCAGGGUCGAUGUGUAGUUGUGAGGCCAAUACUGUACAUACAAUCUAGUAUUGCUUUGCUGUAGGGAGACUCCUUAGAAUUUCUACUAAAUUCCACAAAGACACGCGCCCGAGACAAUCUGUGCUCUUGACGUCUUCCAUUUUGUGUUUUGUGAGCAGCAAAAUUUAAUGAACACAAUUUGCACCUUGUUCAUUUGUUAAUCACGACAUCCAUCUCUGGGAAGCACAUUUACUUUCCACCACAUUAAAGUGUGAACAAAAAGGUUAAAGCAGGAAUGAAAACUUGAAUCCAACGCCCUUUUUAAAUAUUUCUAAUUUUAUACACAGUGGUAUAAUUUACAAAGAGUCUUAUUGUAAGAAAAUGUAGCUUUCGGAAUAAAAAUGCAUUUGAUUUAGAAGAUUCACAUGUAUUGAGGACUGGCGAGACGAAUAGUUAAGACUGUAGCCUUAAAUCAAUGACCUUGUAAAAAUGGUAGUUACUACCUGAUCGGACAGUUUUUGUUCAUUGGUUCCAUCCCUGUACUAUGUAGGAAAUGGGGCCUAUUCCAAUGAAAAGCAUGUAUCUCUGUUAUAUUUUUUCCUUAACAAAAAAGUUAUUUUGAAAAAUAAAAAAUAAAAAAAAUUGGGGUGCGUUUUUAGCUUUUAUCCAAAUACAGCAAAAAAUGUACACAUUUUCUUUAAAGAAAACUAAGUGAUACUUAUUAAUACCAACUACAGUUGGAUAUUUUAGGGUGAAAUUAUUAUUUUACAAAAUAUGGGGGGGGGGGUUGUGUGUUUUCAGACAAACGGUUUUAAACAUUUUUAUUUUUAAAACGUUAUAUAGUGUUUUGGGGAGGGCAUACUGACAUAGAGAUACACUUUUCUUCGGAUGGCUUUCUUUCUUAUAGUUAUUGUUACACUAGCAUAACUCAUGUUCUCCUCAUCUAGAAUAGAGGAUUUGAUUUUUUUUUCAAAAAUGGUGCAAAGAAAAAUCUGGUCGCAUUGUUGGAGUUACUCCAGUUUUGUGGCUAGAUGGCGCUGUUUGACUGCUGCAUUGCACCAACAUGGGCAUACACCUGUGUGGCUCUCAGAAACGUAUAAUUUUUUUCCUAAGACUCAUGAACUGCUCAAUGUGUGUAUACAUUAUGUGAAUAUCUCAGGAAGAUGACAAAAGUUUGACACCGUCCUGUGUGUUGGAGUGUGUGUUUUCCAUGUUGGUAUGGGGACAUCAGGACGAGUCCAUCCCAAAAUACUUGAGUAACACAAGCUAAUGUUCCCUCUCAAAGCUCGUUUGACAUCUACUGUGAUCAAUAUGUGCUCUCAGGAAUGUGACUUUUAUUUUGUUUUCUUUAUCAUUAGCUUUGUUGUUUUUUUUUUUUAAAUGAAGAACAAACAAUAAAAUGUGUCUUUUGAUAACAUUGACUUUCUUGUAAUUCAACUUUUAGGAAGGUGUUACAAAAUAGAUCUUUAUAAUGGCAAAUGGCAUUAUUGACAUUAGCAUA